CACUGAGCUGUGAGCUGCGAGCUGCUGCCCGAGUCGGUGGCUUGGAGAUCCGGAGCCGGUCGCGAUUCACCGAGACGCGGAGACCCGCAGAGCAGCAGGCACCAUGUCCGAGCCGUCCCGUGAUCCCCGUCCGAUCCCCCGUGGCAGCAAGGUCUGCCGUCGCCUCUUCGGCCCAGUGGACAGUGAGCAGCUGCGUCGAGACUGUGAUGCGCUAAUGGCCAGCUGCGUGCAGGAGGCGUGUGAGCGAUGGAACUUCGACUUUGUCACUGAGACGCCGCUGGAGGGUGACUUCACCUGGGAGCGUGUGUGGGGCCCGGGCCUGCCCAAGGGCUACCUGUCUGCAGGGCCUCGGGGGAUCCAGGACAACCUGGGAGGAGGCAGGCGGCCCAGCAGCUCACCUGCCCUGCUGCAGGGGACAGCUCAGGAGGACCACCUGGACCUGUCACUGUCCUGUACCCUUGUGCCUCACUCCCCUGAGAGGCCUGAGGUGUCCCCAGGUGGACCUAGCACUUCUCAGGGCCGAAAGCGGCGGCAGACCAGCAUGACAGAUUUCUAUCACUCCAAACGCCGGCUGAUCUUGUCCAAGAGGAAGCCCUAACCCGCCAGCUGGAAGCCUCUCGCUCCCGGAAACAUGGGCUCCCCGCAAGCCCAUUCUACAUCUUUCCGCCUUAGUCCUACAGUUUGUGUGUCUUAAUUAUUAUGUCUGUUUUAAUUUAAACUCCUCCUCAUGUACAUAGUCUGCUUGUCACCACCCUCCCUCCCCUGCCAGCAGCUGGCAUUAGAAUUAUUUAAAGAAAACAUUAGACGGCAGAAUGAUACACU